AUGGUUUGUGUAUACGUCAACGCUUUCAUCAUCUGUGCAACUUGGCAGGGUAUCACCUGGACCUACGGUAAGUAUCAAGAUCUUCUGCUACAACCACCUUUUACCGAUGUCAUGGCAGCAUCUGAGAUCUUCCCCUUGGAUAUCCAUAUGCUUUGUGUCGCAUUGACCACAGCAGACACCUGGCUUGGAUCAUUCAUUAUUGCUCGAUCCACUCCGUACAUGAUUUCAGAUCUUGGAUAUGGAGCCUACUUUUUCUUCGGCGUGAUCUUGAUAGCCAUGGGCAUCUGGUCCUUCUUUUUUGUACCCGAGACGAAAGGCAUUACGCUCGAAGAGAUGGACGCGCUCUUCGCGAGAUCGGUGCGUAAAGCGGUAUGGGCCCAGCCUCGAGGAAAGCUGAUACCGCCGAUGGACGAGGACUUGAACACGUCAGACGAUGCAAAGAAGCACUCGACCGUCAGAAUAGAAAAGGUAGAACUGUAG